AUGGUCGUUCGUAUUCGAUUGGCUCGAUGGGGAGCAGCCAAUAACCCCUUUUACGGUAUAGUUGUUGCCAACCUUCGAGCAGCAAGAGAUGGAAAGCAUUUGGAGCGACUUGGAACAUACAACCCAAUAUCCGAUCACAAUAUGACCAAACAUCUCGAGCUGAAUGUUGAUCGAAUCAAGUACUGGUUGAGUGUGGGUGCGCAACCUUCUGAACGAGUGGCUUGGCUGUUAAGCAAGGUAAUUUUGUUUGGCUCAAUGGGUAGUGAAUUGCUAGUGCAGUGUAUCGUUGUGACGAUUAUGCAAUAUUUGGCUCAUCUGGCAUUAUUUUUAUAA